AGCCAUUUUGGCUGCAGGAGCGAGGAGGAGGCCUCCUGCACGACCCACGCGCCGGCCCGCACACCGCGCGAGCCAUGGGCGGAAAGAAGAGCUACCAGAACUAUGGCAAGACGUUCCGUAAGCCGAAGCGCCCCUUCGAGAAGGAGCGCUUGGACUCGGAGAUGAAGAUCGUCGGCGAGUACGGCCUGAAGAACAAGCGAGAGGUGUGGCGCGUGCAGUACGCCCUGGCCAAGAUCCGUACCGCGGCGCGCCACCUGCUCACACUGGACGAGAAGAGCGAGCAGCGCAUGUUCCAGGGCGAGGCGCUGCUCCGCCGCAUGAUCCGCAUCGGCCUUCUGAUGGAGAGCGAGAAGAAGCUAGAUUACGUGCUGGGCCUCACCAGCGCGAAGAUCAUGGAGCGCCGCCUGCAGACCAAGGUCUUCAAGCUCGGCCUCGCGAAGUCGAUCCACCACGCGCGCGUGCUGAUCCGCCAGCGUCACAUCUCUAUCCGCGUCGGCAAGCAGAUCUGCAACAUCCCGUCCUUCCUGGUGCGCCUCGACAGCGAGAAGCACAUCGACUUCGCCCUCACCUCCCCGUUCGGCGGCGGCAGGCCCGGCCGCGUGCGCCGCAAGAUGAUGCAGAAAAAGGGUGGCGACAAGGACGGCGACGACGAGGAGGACUGAGAUGGCGCCGGGGGCUAGGAAGACAGGGCAGCGGCCGCUCGAGAUGGCUCCACGCUCCCAUCCUUUUUGCUCUCCUCUCGGGGGCUGCCAAGAGGAGGGUGGUGACCACGAGGGGAGGGAUAUCAUGGCCGCGGCCACUGAUAUCCCCCUG